UGAGUCUACCUUGAACCGAUAUGAAGUACAUCCUGUGGGGACAUUUCCCAGCGACAUGAGCCCAGAAUUUCGGACAACUGUCAAAAUACAAAACCUUGCCUGUUACGCGGUGUCUAAUCUUUCGCUCCUGAUGGCGUUUCCCGCCACCGGCUAUCAAGGGAGGGAAUUCCUCUGGGUGACGCGCAUUAUUGCAGACAAUGCUAAAUUCAAGACAGUGAAGAUAAUCAGUAGCAUUACCCUGAACGUCCAAGAAGAAGACAAUCUGUUUCUUCUACCAAAAGCUGCCCACCAGCGACAGGUUGUCUUAGAGAUAAUCCAGUCCAAACUGGUCCCUCUUUCCCUCUGGAUUCUGAUUGGCAGCAUCCUCGGUGGUCUCCUGCUGCUCACCGUGGUCAUCCUUUUCUUAUGGAAGGUUGGAUUUUUUAUACACAAAAAACCCGGGGAAGAUGAAAAAGAAGAAUAAAACCCAAGUCAGUCGAACCAAGACUCUUUGCCCAAGAUGGAAGAGCAUCUGUGCAUUAAAACCCAGAAGGGGAGCUGUAAUUUUUCUGUCCUAACCACCUUCGGACCAGAGACAUUCAGGCUGCUCCACAAGAAUUUCCUCAAAAUCGUAAUGGCAGCGUCUUUGCACAACCUCCUUCUCCCCUUCUGUGUAUUUCAAUAAAAGUAAAGGUUCCCCUCGGACAUAUGUGCUAGUCGUUCCCGA